AACUCCUCAGCCGCCCACAGUGAGAAUGAGUGGCAGCCUGAGGAGGGGAGAAUUCAUCUAACGACACAUUUCAGCCACACACCCCUCCCCGAGCGACAGUCUGCACUUUUCCAGAUGUGCAGCACACGCUUCGAGAUCCACUCGAUAUGUCCGACGGAUAUAUAGCGUUGCCAUCGUUUGUUUUGUGAAAAAAACAUCAGAAUACAUCGCUGUGGCGAGACAACAUCGCAACGACGUGAGCUAGCUUAAGUAAGCUAGCAGGAGAGCUUGCUUGCUAGCUGUUGGAGGAGGAUCCAUUACUGUAUGGCUCUCAGCGCAAUGAUUGGCUACUGCUUCUUUAGGUCAGCCUGCUCCUAGCUCUACUGCCUCCUGAUUGGACAGCUUCUGUGAAGAGAGCUUAUUGUCACGGUUGCCAUGACUUAGAAAUACUGCUUGUUUAGAGAUGGAGAAAAAGAAAAUGUGUCCCCGCCUCCUGGACUACCUGGUGGUAGUUGGAGCAAGGCAGCCCAGUAGUGACAGUGUGGCUCAGACACCACAGCUGCUGAGGCGCUACCCUCUGGAGGAUCAUGCGGACUUCCCUCUGCCACCUGACGUGGUGUUCUUCUGCCAGCCUGAGGGCUGUCUGAGUAUCCGGCAGCGCCGGGUCAGCCUCCGUGAUGACUCCUCCUUUGUUUUCACGCUCACUGACAAGGAUUCGGGUGUUACACGCUACGGCAUCUGCGUCAACUUCUACCGAUCCUUCCAGAGGGGCCAUCACCGCCCACGGGCAGAGGGUAAAGACAAGCCCCCACAGACAGACCCUGCAGUCGAGGCCACGGAGAAGUCAGACCCCUCUACGCUGUCUCUAUCAGGAGACUCCACAGCACCCUCAGCCAGUGAUGGUGUGGUGCCACCGGGUGAAAUGGCUGGCGGGAAAUCACCCCGGCCGAAGCGCAGCAGGGCAACAUCACGGAACCGGAACAGCACACUGACGUCGCUGUGCAUGCUGAGCCACUACCCCUUCUUCUCCACCUUCAGAGAGUGUCUGUACAUCCUCAAACGUAUGGUGGACUGCUGCAGCCACCGGCUCAACCAGAGACCUGGGGCUACCAAGGGCACUCAGCGGGACGCCAUGUGGCGUGUGUUUACCGGCGCUCUCUCAGUGGAGGAGAAGGAAAAGGGUAGUCAGCUGCUGCAAGACCUGAGGGAGAUCGAGUCAUGGGUGUACAGGCUGCUGCGUUCUCCGGUGCCUGUAGCGGGUCUUCGGCGUGUAGAUGUGGAGGUGCUCCCACACGAGCUGCAGCCAGCACUCACCUUCGCCCAACCAGACUCAUCUCGCUUCUGCUUGGUGGACUUCCCCCUCCACCUGCCCCUGGAGCUGCUGGGAGUGGAUGCCUGCCUGCAGGUGCUCAGCUGCAUCCUGCUGGAGCACAAGGUGGUACUGCAGUCUCGGGAUUACAACGCUCUAUCAAUGAGUGUAAUGGCAUUCGUUGCCAUGAUCUACCCUCUGGAGUACAUGUUCCCCGUUAUCCCUCUGCUGCCCACCUGCAUGGCCUCGGCUGAACAGCUGCUACUAGCCCCCACUCCAUACAUCAUUGGUGUGCCUGCCAGCUUCUUUCUGUAUAAGUCAGACUUUAAGAUGCCUGAUGAUGUUUGGCUGGUGGAUCUUGACUGCAACAAGGUCAUUGCUCCUAGCAAUGCAGAAAUACUCCCACCUUUACCAGAACCAGAAGCCUCAGAGCUGAAGAAACACCUGAAACAAGCUCUGGCAAGUAUGAGUUUGAAUACUCAGCCUAUUCUAAACCUAGAGAAGUUCCAGGAGGGCCAGGAGCUGCCCCUGCUGCCCCCAGGGCGAGAUAAGUCCUCACCCUCCUCCACAGAGUUUAACCCCCUCAUCUAUGGAAAUGAUGUUGACUCUGUGGAUGUGGCCACAAGGGUGGCAAUGGUGAGGUUCUUCAACUCUCCGAACGUGCUACAGGGUUUCCAGAUGCACACCCGCACGCUGCGGCUGUUCCCACGUCCCGUGGUUGCCUUUCAGGCCACUUCAUUCUUGGCCUCCCGGCCAAGACGCACUGGCUUUGCUGAGAAACUCUCCCACACGCAAGCUGUGGAGUAUUAUGGAGAAUGGGCCCUUAACCCCACUAACCUGGCCUUCCAGAGGAUCCAUAACAAUGUUUAUGACCCCUCCCUAAUAGGCGAUAAGCCUAAGUGGUAUGCUCACCAGUUGCAGCCAGUCUUUUAUCGUGUGUAUGAUGGAAACUCCCAGCUUGCAGAAGCCAUGAGUGGACCACUGGAGGACGAAGCUAAUGACUCAGAUCCUACAGACGACAGUGGCAGUGACAGCGAGGCAUAUGACGACUCUAGCUCUUCCUACUCCUCACUCGGAGAUUUUGUGAAUGAGAUGAUCAAAGGGGACAUACAGGGCGACACACCAAAUGUGGAUCCCUUGACCCAUGCAGCUCUUGAAGACGCUAAUGAGGUGGAGAUCCAUGACUUCCAGGAGUAUAAGGAGGAGUGUGAGGAGCGAGGGCCUGAAAUGGAGGGUGCUACUGAGGCAACAGACAGCCAACCACUUCGCUCGAGCUCCAGCACCACGGCCAGCUCCAGCCCUAGCACUGUCAUCCAGGGAGUGAAUCAUGAGCAGACAGAGCCUGUUGAGAUGGAGGCAUCAGCUAGUGCAGCACUGCAGAAUUCUGUCCCUGGUUUGGGUGCCCCACCAUUCACAAGACCGGCCCCAGAGCCAGCCCCUGCUGACCUAGCUAAUAAGAAGCGGGAGUAUGAUAACCCCUAUUUUGAGCCCCAGUAUGGCUUCCCUGCAGAAGAGGAGGCUGACAGUGAGGAACAAGAGGAGAGCUACACACCACGCUUCAAUCAGAACAUGAAUGGAAACAAGCCAUCUCGCCCAUUGAGGCCCAGUAGCCUGAAACUACCAGGCGAGUCUGAUGGAGAGGGAGACUCUAAGAACAGCUCACCCAACUCUACCAUCUCCAAUAACAGCAGUGAUGGCUUUGCAGGACUCAUGUCUUUUGCCAGUAACUUAUAUAAGAACCAUGGCACCAGCUUCAGUCUGUCCAGCCUGGCUCUCCCUAAUAAAGCAGCUAGAGAGAAGAACACUCCCUUCCCCAGCCUUAAAGUAUUUGGGCUAAAUUCUCUAAUGGAGAUUAUAACAGAGGUCGGCCCGGGGAGCGGAGAAGGUGCCCGUGCCCCACGUGCUUUGGUGGAUCAGAAGUCCUCUGUGAUAAAGCACAGUCCCACAGUGAAGAGGGAGCCUCCUUCACCACAGGGCAGAGCCAACAACACAAGCGAAAACCAACAGUUCCUUAAGGAGGUGGUGCAGAGUGUGCUGGAUGGCCAAGGUGUUGGCUGGCUCAACAUGAAAAAAGUGCGCCGCCUGCUGGAGAACGAGCAGCUGCGUGUCUUUGUACUCAGCAAACUCAACCGUGCUGUCCAGUCAGAGGAGGACGCUCGGCAGGAAGUCAUCAGAGAUGUGGAGAUUAACAGAAAGGUGUAUAAAGGCAUGCUGGAUCUGCUUAAGUGCACUGUCUCCAGUCUGGAGCACUCCUACACUAAUGCAGGGCUAGGUGGCAUGGCCAGUGUCUUCAGCCUUUUAGAAAUAGCACGAACCCACUACCAAACCAAAGAGCCAGAGAAGCGAAAGCGAAGUCCCACAGAUGGGGCGAGCAGUCCAGGCAGUAAGGAGAGCCCGUCUGUCCGCGUUGAGAGCGCCAGGGCAGCAGGCGUGCUCCUGGUGCCCCGAAUUCAGCUGCCACCCCCUUCCUCUGGGAAAGGGGCACGUCAGUUUGACACCCGGAGUCUGAACGAAGAGAAUUUUAUUGCUUCCAUUGAAUUGUGGAGCAAGCACCAGGAUAACAGAAAGCAAAAAGCUAUGGAAAAAGAACAGAGGGCUGAAGGGGCAAAGCAGCGUGCAGAAGGGGGUGAUACUGAGGAGAAGAAAUCUCAGAUCAGUGCAGACAGUGGCCUCAGCGUGACCUCAGGCUCUCAGAAGAGCGAUUCUGAGUCGUUGGCAAGUUCAGAGCCUCCAGCUCUGACGAGGAGCACCAGUCAGGACUCUGAGGCCAGCACAGUGGUGAGCAACAGCUCAGGUGAGACGCUGGGCGCUGACAGUGACCUGAGCAGCACAGCGGGAGAUGGACUGACUGGUCGGCCCUCUCCACACCUCACACUUUCCCGCAGUACCCUCUCGGACAGUGAAAUAGAGACCAACCCUGCAACCAGCUCUGUGUUCGGGAAGACCCAUAAGCUGAAGCCUGGUGUAAAGGAGCCUGUUGGGGGUGUUGCUAAGGGAGCCCCUGCCCAGCCGCUUGAAGAUGUCAGCAUGAGGAUCUAUUUGUGUGAAGGGCUCCUAGGGAGGGAUAAGAGCUCAGUGUGGGAUCAGCUGGAGGAUGCUGCCAUGGAAACCUUCUCUCUGAGUAAGGAGCGCUCCACUCUAUGGGACCAGGUGCAGUUCUGGGAGGAUGCGUUUUUGGAUGCCGUAAUGCUUGAAAGAGAGGGAAUGGGUAUGGACCAGGGACCACAGGAGAUGAUUGACAGGUACCUUUCACUUGGUGAACAUGACCGCAAGAGGCUGGAGGAUGAUGAGGACAGACUGCUGGCCACUCUGUUGCACAACAUGAUUGCCUACAUGCUAAUGAUGAAGGUGAAUAAGAAUGACAUCAGGAAAAAGGUCCGGCGUUUGAUGGGGAAGUGUCACAUCGGCUUGACGUAUAGCCAGGAGAUCAAUGAGGUCCUGGACCGUCUUGCACAGCUGAGUGGAAGGGAACUUCCGAUAAGACCGAGCGGGAGCCGCCACAUAAAGAAGCAGACCUUUGUGGUGCAUGCAGGGACUGAUACCACAGGGGACAUUUUCUUCAUGGAGGUGUGCGAUGACUGCAUCGUACUGCGUAGUAACAUUGGGACGGUUUAUGAGCGCUGGUGGUAUGAAAAGCUAAUAAAUAUGACCUACUGCCCCAAGACCAAAGUGCUGUGCCUGUGGAGGAGGAACGGGCAAGAGACACAGCUCAACAAAUUCUACACCAAGAAGUGUCGGGAACUGUACUACUGUGUCAAAGACAGCAUGGAGCGCGCAGCAGCACGACAGCAAAGCAUCAAACCAGGUCCAGAGCUGGGAGGGGAGUUCCCUGUGCAGGACAUGAAGACAGGAGAAGGAGGUCUCCUGCAGGUCACCCUCGAGGGAAUUAACCUCAAAUUCAUGCACAGCCAGGUUUUCAUAGAGCUGAAUCACAUUAAAAAGUGCAAUACAGUGAAGGGAGUCUUUGUCCUGGAGGAAUUUGUUCCUGAAACUAAAGAAGUGGUGAUCCACAAGUACAAGACUCCAAUGGCACAUCAGAUCUGUUACUCCGUGCUCUGUCUCUUCUCCUACAUGGCUGCAGUAAAGGGGAAGGAGGCAGAGGGCAGACCCAAGAUGCUGUCCCCUCGCCCGCUGCCCAGCUAGUGCACAUUUCUCUGCUGUACUUUUUCCAGCCCUGUCCUAGUUUUCUCUGUCAUACCUACACCAUACCAUGUUCUCCAGGCUGUAGAUCCAGGCCAGAUCAUCUGCUUCUGUACUACUGGCUUGAGCUUCACUGCCCUCUUCUGGACAAUAUUCCUUAUAUUUAUCAAUCUUAUCAACUUGAUUAAUCUACUUCACAGAGAAGUGAAUACACCCUAACUGGUCCUUUUUGUCAAACUUUGGUCCUCGACCUUUCAGUCGAUUAAUUUCGUCCAUGACUACACAUCUUCGUCCUUUCACCACAGAACAGUAAGCAUGCCCACAGCGGACCUCUCUUCAACUGCAACUGAUCAGCAUCCUUGUUAUCAAGUCUCCAGUGGGCUGCAUCUUUCCUACAUGGCUGAGCUGCUGUCCCCACCUCUUGCAUGUGGUCAGAGGUGUCCGCUUGCAUGCGGGUCCAAUGCACAUCUGCAAACUGGCAUUUGCAUCCCCAGUUCAUGUCCUGACAAGCUCUCCGGCUCCUGCUUUUCCUAAAUUCAUCUUCAUGUCUUUGAAUCCAGAGACUGUGAUAAAUUAUUAUAUGUGCUCAGUGGUACCGUAACCUCCAGUUUGCCCUGUCUAAGGUUGACGAAGCGUUUAAAACACUCCAUCUGCAAGGCUAUGACAUAUGUUAUCCCCAAACAAGCCACCAGGGAGCACCAGUUUUAAGCAUUUCAUUCAGCCUUCCUCACCUGCUCUUAGUGGUCCAAAAUAUGUGUAGCUCUUUAGCUUUGCCCUGAGCCUACUGUACUAGUUCUACUGUAAAAGCUCUGUUUGUGAACAGCUAUGAUAUUGCAUGUUGCUGUAAGAAGAAAAAAAAAAUCAAAAAACAAGCAAAAAAAUUACACUGUACAUUUCACUGGAGCAAUGUUCGAAAAAAAAAAAGUUCUAAAAAACAAACUGUGGUUUGUUGAGUAGAUGUGCAAUACUAUCUGUAGUGGGUAUCGAGAACAUGCCCUGUAAUGAGAACUGUUCUCCACCGUCCCCUGUCAGAGUGAAGGCUGGGGGACUGGAUGUGAUCAACACAGUAACAGAAGGAGGCAUUAUUGAGUGUGUGAAAGCUGAAAAACAGCUGUGUUUGGAGAUCUCUUGUAUUCACAUGUAGGUCUGUAAGUCUACUGAUGUCCAAUCACUGUUUGAGGGAACCUAAAUAUUACAUAAUUUGGAGAAACGUCCAAUUUAAACUGUCCCUUUCCUGCUUGUGUGUGUGUGUGUGUGUGUGUGUGUGUCUGUCUGUCUGUCUGUACUCACGGAGGAGGCUGUGUUACAGCAUCUCUGGUAUAUGUUUUAAUGUCCUUUUACGUGUUAUGAUUUUAAACACAUGUCCAUUCAUGAAUGUGUAUGUUGGUGUGCGUUCCCACGAAGAGCAAUCAUUUUAGAUGGUUAUUAAUAAGGCCCGCUGUCCGUAGGCUUUAGUUGUAAAUAGCACAAGACAAGAUCCACCACUUCAAAGAGUCUCCAAAGACGGGUGUUUUGAUUUGGUGAGUGCUGAAUGACCACGGUCCUAACAGACACUGCAGCGUCUGCGCUCGUCUGGCCUUUCAUUCUGUUCCUCUUAGAGCUCAGAGCAAGAGGGAAAAGGAGGAGGAAGAGAGAGAAAGAGAGACGUUUGGAUGUAAAUAUUUCAGUGUUUAAAAAGUAUUUAUAGAACCUGUACAGCUUUGGCAAUAUGACAAUAAAAGAUGUUCAACCCAAAUGAC